AUGAUCUUGAUUUACGAGGCUCUGAUCGUCGAUCAAACGACGGAAUCUCAACCCUUCGAGCACACCACCGUUCUCAACACCUCAAGUACUACAACAUGCCUCAAAAACUCUGACUCAGAACCCCCACCACACGCCGCCACCGCUAGUGGUGGUUCGGGGUGCUAUUCCGAUGACGGACCAACCUUAGAAUCACCGGUCAAGACUUAUACCACAACGUCCGCAACAAUGAGUAGAGCAACUUUAAUUAUUACCUCAAGGUCAGAGUCGAAGCGGAAGUGGCUUAGACCGCCAAUUAAAGUCAUUGACUUCAUUAUUCACGAGCCAACUUCACAGUGUCGUCGCAACUUCACCGCUACUCGGAUUGCUCCGAUUCUUCCAAGGUUAUGGUCAAGGGAUACUCAUAUUGUGAUCUACCUGGAUGGUGUCAAUCACCUCCACUAG